GGCAGUGAUGAUACGUGGUAUCCAGUUUUACAUAAUCCCCGCGAAUGAUCACCACGAUUGGCCGGGGUUCUGCCGGCUGACUCGCACAUUCCACCGCCAUGUUCCGAAAUUCACCGCCUGCGCUCUUUGUCAUCUACAACUCGACCGUCUGUUCGCUCUAUCGCACCAAGAGCCAUCAAGAACGCAUCGCAGCGACCGGCCUCUUUGUCUAAAUCUUGUCGAGAACACUUUUGCCGCUUUGUUAACCUAGUUUUGUUGGCCAAAAUCGACACGAUGAUGCCUAGUUGGACGACGACGGCGCAGCCAGCGUCGGGCGUGGCCCAACCUCCGCCACUGUCCCCCUAUGCCUACCCACCCAAUCCUGCAUACACAGCUGUGCCUGUCCGCCAAGGUUUUGGCACCUAUCCCCCACCUCCACCUCUCGCGCACGCUGCUUACGCUGCUCCCCCGGCGCUCGCACAACCACCAUCCAGUGAUUCUUCCUCCGCCGCUGCGAAACCUGAUUCGAAGCAAGGCAAAGUAGUUUGGCCUGAUUCUGUUCGCAACUACGUGUCCCGUUCUUUUCUUCCCGAUAAUAGCGAUCCUUCCGUGACACGCGCAGAGAUGGAAGUCAAGCUGAAGGAAGUCAUUCGCGCUGCUACGGACAAUAACACACUUAACACUACCGACUGGGAUAACAUGCCGCUGCCGCAAGCGCUAGUCAAAAUCGAACGCUCCACUGCUACGGGGACCUCGUCGUCAUUUCAUAACAAGAAGCGAAAGUCCUCCGAGUACGCUGGGGCUGGCGAGACGCAACCUCCUUGGGCAUCUACUAACACCUCUCGCUCUCUGGGGGACCGUAUCUCGUCUCCUAGUAAACGCAUCAAUGACGGCACCUUCAAGUCAAGUAAGUUCGACACGGAAGCCAAUAAACGCAAGCGACGUUUCGAGAGCGAAUACCAGGCGAACCGCUCGCCUAGCCCGCCGCCUCCGUCAGACGGACCUGUUGUCGGGACGUGUGAGACCUUGGAGAAGAGGUACCUGCGUCUCACUUCCGCGCCUGUGCCAUCUAAAGUCCGGCCUGAGCGAAUCCUUCGCCAGACUCUCGAGCUUCUCAAGAAGAAGUGGAGAAAAGAAGGCAACUACUCGUACAUUUGCGAUCAGUUCAAGUCCAUGCGCCAGGACUUGACGGUUCAACAUAUCAAGAACGAGUUCACUGUCUCUGUUUAUGAGAUUCACGCGCGUAUUGCCUUGGAGAAGGGGGACAUAGGUGAGUAUAAUCAGUGUCAGACCCAGCUUCGAUCGCUGUAUCAGAUGGGUCUGAAAGGAAGUCCCAUCGAGUUCAAGGCAUACCGCAUCCUCUACUUCAUCCACACAGCCAACCGCAGCGGCCUCAAUGAUACUAUCGCAGAUCUAACCACAGCUGAAAAGACCGAACGGCCCAUCAAACACGCGCUCGACGUCCGCUCCGCUCUCGCGCUAGGAAACUACCACCGAUUCUUCCAACUCUACAUGGACACACCCAACAUGGGAGCGUAUCUCAUGGAUAUGUUCAUCGUGCGGGAACGCCUGCAUGCCCUGUGCAACAUUUGCAAAGCUUAUAAACCUGAUGUGAAACUUCGGUUCAUCACCGAAGAGCUCGGCUUUGAAACCGAUGCUGAUGCUGCCCAGUUCAUUAUCGACUAUCAGGGGCAGCACCUCCUCGAAGACCGGACCGAGUACAUUGCCUUCCUGACGGGCAAGGCUGGUGGCUUGUUCGAAGGCGCUCGCGCGGCAGCAUUCCAACGGGUCGACAUCAAGGGUCAGAUUUGAGCUCUGCCUUCAUGAUGAUGAACCCUUGGGGUGCUGUGGUCUUACUGGUGACGAAGAGUCUGGUUUAUUUGUCUUGCGCCUUCGAUACCCUUGAUCUGCUAUUGUUUCGUCAUUUUCGCAGUAUGGCUUCCUCGCUUCAAAUGAAGCAUGCCAGCCCAAGGAUGGCUCCUGUGCUUCGGGUGGCCCGAGGUCCAGCGUAGUCAUCAUCGUUGACUCUUGUCUGUGACCUCAAGACACAGUUUUGGUCUCAGGGGGCUUAGAUGGCUUUUGAACUUAAUAGGGCUAUUGCGGUGAUUCGCACUGCCCUUUAGCAGAUGGCGCCUGGUUGCAUAGCGUUGGCGUGGCGCAUUGGAGUUUGGUAUGGUGACGGGCGU